UCUGAAGGCCGGAAGUCGAGUCUUUCCCCCGCUGUGGCUCUCCGCGCUUCUUACGCUUCUUACGUAGGCCAUUCCCGCCGCGUUUACGGCCGCCUCCGAGGGUAGCGGCAGCCCCGUCAGUCAGGCCCGUUUUCCGCCUUUCUUUAAUUAUUUCUGUCGGUGUGACUGCGGCGGGUAAACACUCCGAUGGUCGUUGAGCCCGCGCGGCACUGAAGGACUGCACAGGCUCGGAGCUCCACCGCAGACAUGGCUCGCCCUCGGCCGCGGGACUACAAGGCAGGAGAUUUGGUUUUCGCGAAGAUGAAGGGAUACCCGCACUGGCCGGCCAGGAUUGAUGAGCUUCCUGAAGGAGCUGUCAAGCCACCUGCCAACAAAUACCCCAUCUUCUUCUUCGGGACCCAUGAAACUGCAUUCUUGGGUCCAAAGGAUCUUCUUCCCUACAAGGAGUACAAAGACAAAUUUGGCAAAUCCAACAAGAGGAAAGGCUUCAACGAGGGCCUGUGGGAGAUUGAGAACAACCCCGGAGUGAAGUUCACCGGCUAUCAGGCCAUCCAGCAGCAGAGCUCGUCGGAGAUGGAGGAGGGCGGGAACGCCGCCGAUGGCAGCAGCGAGGGCGAAGAGGGCGACUCCGUCGAGGAGGAAGACGACAAGGAGAAACUGAAAGGAGACAAGACCGGGUCCAAACGGAAAAAGACGGCCAGCUCCAAGAAAUCCUCAAAGCUGUCGAGGAUCUCGUCUGGAGAGGACGACCUGGGGAAAGACGAGAAGGAUGAUGACCAGAAGAGCGGCUCGGAGGGAGGGGACCCUGACAACGACCUCAUGCAGAACACCACUGACAGUAAGAACCAGCUGCUCUUAGAGGAACACUAGAGGGGAAAUUGUUGCGCGUAGCUGCGACGUUGGCACGGUGACCCCACGACAUGAUUUCUCAUCAGCACCACCUGCUGGCUGCCAUCGACACCUCCACUUCCUGUUCUUCAGUGUGUGUUUGUAUGAAAGAUGCACCCUUACUGAUGCUGGUAUCAGCCUCCACGUUGGUACCAGGCUUGAGACUGGGCAUUACGUCACACGGGUUAUUUCUCAGCACUCUCACUUAAUCCCAGGAGAAGCCUCGAAAAUCAACGGCUGAAGGUUGUAAUUAGUUUCAUGCGAUGAUUUGAAGGAUAUUUUAAGUGGCAUUAAGUACAUGUAAACCUUUAGGAGCUUUGAUACCAUAAUGUGUGUUUUUAAUGGAGCUUUAUUCUUGAUUUGAUUUGUUUCUACUUGGCCUGAGGCGACAGUGACGUGUUUUAAUUUACUGUGUUUAAGCUUCAGUAGCUGAUUUAGGAGCGUAAAGUUUUAGCUUUAGUCCGAACCGUGAACCUCGUCACAGACGGACACGCAGAUCUGAGCAACAGCUGCGUUAGCCAAUCGGUGUUUGUGAUGUCAUCACAGAGCGCUCUCCUGCCAACAUCGACAACAUUUAAAAACCACCGAAUAUAAAUAAAUAUUUUUUUGUGGUUCAGCGUGUUAAUAAUAAAAACUUGGAUUAGUUAUAAAGUGACUGUAAAAUAUGAACAAAUUAUUCUUUCGACUAUGCAAAAAUUAAAAAGUCAAACUAAGCACGUGUUUAAAGAUAUUUAUCAAUCAAACCUAUAAAGUUAAAGAUUUCCUCUAUAAAUGUGUCUGUUUGAGGGGAAACUGGCAGAUAAAAGAAGGCUGCUUUAGACAAACAAGAAUAAAUAUGCCAUAUUAAUUUCUUCACAACAGAAGACGUAGGUAUCAGGUAACACCAGCAAGAAAAAUAUUACUUUUAAACUGUGACAGGAAGUGUGAGCGUGUUUGCACAUGUGUGGAAUAAAUCGGGUCUCCAGUACAGAUCAGGCAGCGACCGCGUGCACAGUAAGGCACCUGUCGUUGCUCAGGUGAGCUGGCCAGGUGCUGUGAAUGCUUAUUGGUUGUGUUAGCAUUUUUUCGAUGUUGCUGUCCGACUCGUCGAACUUCUCACGUUGAUCUCUGCACGUCUUUUGAUGACAUCAGCAGCAGGGCUCUCUAAAUCCUAAAUGCUGAUUGGCUGAAGCCGAUGUUGUUCCAGAGGUGUGAUCCAGAUGUUGACCACAGUUAAAAUGUUCUGUGUUGGUGUUAUUGUGGAGGUAGCUAACAGCCCAGCAGAAUGAACCUGCUGAAAAUUCACAAAAGCACAGAAAAACUCAAAAGUUUCGGCCGGCUCGCUUCGAUCUGACUGCACCUUCCGAACAAUCAGCAAACAGAGUCAGCUGUUCGUACUGACCCGACCGUCCGAGCUCGCUUUAUUCAAAAGGAAACCCCGGUGCAGUCUGACGACAGAGCUGAGCCGUCUGGAUUUAUUUAUUGCUCUGCUGUAGCUAACCAGCUGCGCUCUGUAACCGCAGCGUGGUUUUUGUGGAAUUGAAUCCAUUUUAAAGGAUGAAUGUAAACAAUGGUUAAUGAAAGCUAGGCUGACUAAAGCAAACCCAGUAUAAGCAUUUCUGUCGCGCUGUGCCGGUAACGGUAAAUGUCUCGGCACAUUCAGCGUUAGUUCAAGUGUUUUUUUAUAUCAACAAAAAGCUGUAGGCUUCACUGAAACGUCUGUGACUGAAAUCAGUGAGAGCUCAGAGGUAACACAACAACAUGACCCGUCUGUGUGUUUCUGUGGGUGUCAUUCAGGCUCCAGAGUGAACAAACAUGAUGUGAAACGCCCAGAUUUAUCUCCUCACACGCUGACGCAGUGCUUGUGUUUUAUGUUUGUACGCUCAGGCCUGUAAGUUAUUGGAUCAUUUUGCCUCUGCACAUCGCAGACUGAGCAGUUUGGAAUAAGCUCCUCCCUUUUUAACAACAGCUUUUGUCUGAUUGGCUGCAGACUGUAUGAGUGAGGGACUCGGACUCAUGAGACCACAAUCUCCAAAUUAAACGAUAAGACCCGAGACGCCGACUGACACCAUAAGUGUUACUGACCUCCCCUUUUCUCAUAGACGUCUAUCAGAUUGGAGAGAUGUCGCCCCCUGGUGAUUGUUGGAGAGAAUGCAAGUUUAAUUCACCCUUGAGUUAAAGCUGCUGUCCACUGUGGUGUGUGUGAAACUGCAGAGCUUGUGUCCACAAACUUACGGUCCUGACCUGCCUCCUGACUAACUGCUGAAAAAUGACUUUUUACAUGUACUACUUCCUGUAGUUUGUCGCACACAGUAGAAACACAGUAGAAACACAGUAGAAACACAGUAUUGGUGCAUCUGUGCUUGCUCUGCGACUUGGAUGUGAUCACAAGGUUCUGAGAACUCGUCCAGAAACGUCACCUGAUAUAAAUUCGGCCCGCUGAUAUCCAGCAUACCUGCUCAGUUUAAAUCAGGUGAACUUUUUUGUCGUACCGACCUGUUUCUGGUCCACGCGUCUCCUGCGAUGCACGAGGCUCUGUUUAACGUGCUGCAGACCUUUGACCUUUGACACGCUGUCCCAGACACCAAAUACCUGAACGCUCGGCGCUUGUUCACAGCGAGUAGUCCAAACCGCAGAGGAGCAGAUUAACGACUGGCCUCGUGCUGUGGGCGUUUGGUCCAUUGUCAGCGUCUUCUUCCAGCCACCUGAUGGCGUUUGCUUCCGCCCGGCAGGGACACGACCUUUUACAGAGACCUGGACAUUCUAGCUCAUGAGGUAUCCAACCAAUCUUACCUCCAUCUCUGAAACUGCAUCCUGCCACUUAAAGAACAUCUCCAGACUCGAGCCAGUGCUCUCAGACUUUCAGCCUCUGCAGCUGAAACCUCUAUUCAUGCCUUUUAUCGCCUCCCACCUGGACUACUGUAACGAUGCCCCGUUCGGUCGGCCAAUCACAGCCCUAGAUGAGUUCUGCAGUACGUUCAAAACUUCUCAGCCCCACCCAUAUGAGCCUCCACUGGCUCACAGUCAGUUCUGCAUCUCCUUUAAACCCCUCUCCUCGCCGACACCCCAGCCUGGACACCGCGGUGUGUCUGCGAGAACAGCCACGCUGAUCCCUCGACUGAGUUGGACCUUCUUCACCGUCUUCCUCGGAGUUUGGACCUGGAAACGUUGAUGACUAAGCAGACAGGUGGACCCGCUCUCAGAACCUUUGAGUCACACCUUGUGCGACAGGUCAGGUGUGUUCCUCCAGGUGUACGUCAUACUCACACAGUGUAGAUAACCAUCAGACAGUAUUUAUACUGACUGCACAGACCUACCUGUACACAUCACUCAUGAUCACCUGUCACUGUGUACAAAUGCAUUUGAUAA